AUGCGGCUUACCUACCCUCUAAUAAAAGAACGCCCAGCAAUCGAGGCAAGAGAUCUACUCAUAGAUAUUACUAAGCUAGCAUUUCUGAUUCAGAAACUUGUCCUCAUACUUUACAUUGACAAUAUGGCUAACUUGGAACUGUUAGAUCUCUCCAGUAACAAUAUAAAACAAAUAGAGGAUGACAUAUUGAAGAUAAAUUGUAAUAAGAUAGAAUGGCUGUUAAUCGGUUUUACAGAUGUACAGUUGUCUGUGCCUGUAAAGUAUGUCCUGUCUGUCCUGAAAUUUACCUACCCUACCCUUUUUCAAGGAUGGCAGACAUUAGUUGGUGGACUUCUGCUUCACGUCUCCUGGAAGCUGGGAUGGGUGGAGAUAAGCUUGUGUUCAAGGUCUGACAUCCUGUCAUGGCUUCCUGCCUCAGUACUUUUUGUGGGCAUUAUUUAUGCUGGCUCCAGGGCACUGUCUAGACUGCCAAUUCCGAUGUUCCUUACAGUACACAAUGCGGCAGAAGUUAUAACCUGUGGGUUCCAGAAGUUUGUGCAGAAAGAGCAGACCUCUCUUCUGAAAAUCUGUAGUGCAUUGUUCCUCCUGGUAGCAGCAGUGUGCCUUCCUUUAUGUGACACACAGUUUGAUCUAAACGGUUAUUUAUGGGCUCUUAUUCACUUGAUCUGUCUUGGAGCUUACAAAAUAUUUCACAAGUUAUGGAAACCUAGCUCUCUAAGUGACCUGGACCAGCAGUAUAUCAACUAUGUAUUCAGUGUGGUCCUGUUGGCCUCUGCAUCCCAUCCAGCAGGUGAUCUCUUCAGUGCCUUGGACUUUCCAUUCCUGUACUUCUACAGAUUUCACAGCAGCUGCUGUGCCAGUGGACUGUUGGGAUUCUUCCUGAUGUUGCACACAGCGAAACUGAAAAACAGCACAACCUCAGGGCAAUAUGCAGCAUGGAGUUUCCUUGCAAAGGUUAUCACUGCAAGUUUAUCGCCAUUCUUCUUUGUCAUGACUGCCAAUGUACUAACAAUUUCUUGCCUUGUGAUCGGUGGAGUUGGAGAAGCUUUGCUUGUUUACACCGAAAGGACAGGCACAUAAAAGAGGACCGAUAUCUCACCAGUUGAAAAAGCUGACCUGCAGCUUAGAAACUCUAUCAUGAAUAAAAUGGAGCAGCAAGAAUGAAGAAGUGCACCCAAACACAAGGAAAGAGACCCCCUCGCCCCCCCUUUUUUUUAAUUAAGAAGGGAAAAAUAUGCUAUUAAUAGUGCUGCUAAGAAAGCAGCAUAGUUGGUAGGGUGAUUAGGAGGCUUUGCCUCAAAGCACAAGACAAGCUAUUUCUGAUUCAUGUGGUAAAGGAAAAACUGCACUGUCUCAUGCUAAUGGCUCUGUGUGAGAACCUCUCAGUAGCAGCCCAUUGCGCAGGGAUCUGAACUCAGGAAAAGCAGCAUUCCCCAUUGGAUGUUCCCGAUUUUUGUUGGAGACUGGCAGCAGGUUGUACCAAACAAUGUCAGAAUCCAGAUCCUGCCGUGAAGUGAGUGUCAAGAAGCAUGAAUUUUAUUCCCAACCAUUUUGUAGCAGUAAGCUACCGCACAUGGGUCUCUAGUCACAUUGUCUGACCUGGCAUAGUGACGGAGGCCAUGAGGCUUCUGAAGAUAGUUCGCUUCUGGAAUUGUGGUGGAUUGACAGCUUUGCUGAAUGGGGAAAUCAGCAAUAAAUCUCAUUAUCUGUA